AUAAUUGCGUUUCGGAUUGUUUGUGCACAUCGGCCUCUUUACUGGGUGCACUGCUUACAUGAAUCGUGCGUCAUUAGCUAAAAAAUAAGUUAUCGAACUUGUAGUCAUUCGUUUACGAAUAUAUUGCAUUAUUCGCCCUAUGUUUCUUUAAUUAAAUAUAUGUGUAGUUAUAUCGUACACAAUUGAAAAUGUUUGCGGGCCUACCUGAACUUGGGAUAUCCAAUGGCGAGGAUCUAAAAGAAACACUGACUAACUGCACAGAGCCUCUGAAAGCCAUUGACCAGUUUCAGACAGAAAAUGGCAUUUUGUUGCCAACUCUUCAGUCAGCUCUUCCCUUCCUGGACCUUCACGGGACUCCUCGGUUGGAGUUUCACCAGUCGGUCUUUGACGAGCUUCGUGACAAGUUGAUGGAGCGAGUCGCCACUAUCGCAGAGGGCAAGGAUGAGGAACGUUAUGGUAAACUUGAAGAGCUUCUAGAGAAGAGUUUUCCACUGGUGAAGAUGCCCUCCAUUCAGCCAGUGGUCAUGCAGGUUCUGAAACAUCUUCCAAAGGUUCCAGAGAAAAAGCUGAAGCUUGUAAUGGCUGAUAAGGAACUGUAUAAGGUCUGUGCUGUUGAGGUGAAGAGGCAGAUCUGGCAGGACAACCAGGCUCUCUUCGGGGAUGAGGUUUCGCCCCUGCUCAAGCAGUAUAUUGUGGAGAAGGAGGCAGCACUUUUCAGCAGUGAUCUCUCUAUUCUGCACAACUUCUUCAGCCCCUCCCCCAAAGCAAGACGCCAAGGAGAGGUAGUCUUGAAGUUGACCCAGAUGAUUGGGAAGAAUGUGAAACUGUAUGACAUGGUACUUCAGUUCCUGCGAACCCUCUUCCUGCGUACGCGUAACGUCCACUAUUGCACCCUGCGUGCAGAGCUGCUCAUGUCCCUCCAUGACCUGGACAUCAGUGAGAUCUGUUCAGUAGACCCCUGCCACAAGUUCACCUGGUGCUUGGAUGCCUGUAUCCGUGAGAAGUUUGUGGAUGCCAAGCGAGCCCGGGAAUUGCAAGGUUUUCUGGAUGGAGUGAAGAAAGGACAGGAGCAAGUACUUGGGGACCUGUCCAUGAUCCUGUGCGACCCAUUUGCCUGUAACACCCUGGUUUUGAGUACGGUCCGAAAUUUGCAAGAAUUGCUCAGCCAGGACGCUCUACCCAGAGACAGUCCAGACCUGAUGCUGCUGCUUAGAAUGCUGUCUCUUGGACAAGGGGCUUGGGAUAUGAUUGACAGCCAAGUCUUUAAAGAGCCCAGAUUGGAACUGGAGGUUGUAACCCGUUUUCUACCAGCCAUGUUGUCAGUAGUUGUGGAUGACUACACCUUCACUGUAGAACAGAAGCUCCCCAGUGAGGAGAAGACCUCCCUCACUUAUCCCACAGCCCUGCCUGAUGCCUUCAACAAGUACCUGCAGGAGAACAGGGUGGCAUGUGAGAUAGGUCUGUACUACACACUCCACAUUGCCAAGCAGAGGAACAAGAAUGCCUUACAACGGUUACUUCCCGCUUUGGUGGAGACCCACAACGAAAUGGCCUUUGGGGACAUCUUCCUGCACCUCCUGACAGGGCACCUCACCUUGCUCUCUGAUGAGUUUGGGACUGAAGAGUUCUGCUCUGCCGUGUUUGAUGGCUUUCUCCUCGCCUCUUUCUCCAGUAAAGAGAAUGUCCACAGACACACCCUACGCCUGUUGCUUCACCUUCACCACAAAGUGUUGCCAUCUUGUAUGGAGACCUUACUGAAAACCUUGGAACCCCCAAAACAGAGCAGUGACCAGGUGAAGGAGUUGUACACCCAGCUGACAGAGAAACUGGAGGCCCAAAAGAAGAGUCCUGCCCAGCCAGACGAAGCCCCCUCUCUUGACCUGGGGCUCCAUCCUGUUACAGUGCCCACGACAGCCUCCACUCCAACCACACCACUUUGAGAGGAGGAGGUAGGACGCAUCGAAAGAAACAAACCUAGUGGUUUGAAAAAAGGAUGCUGAUAUUACAUGUAGAAUUGAGGUCGGCUCAUGAAAACGUAAAAAAAAAAAAAAAACGGCAUAAUGAACAUUACAAUAUGCAAUUUCCUCUAUGGUUACUAUGGUCAAUGUUUAGUUUGUUUUCUAAUGCUUGGUUAUUUUUUUACAUGUAUUUUUAAGGAAUGGGGCAGUCUCACUCCUUUUGUCAUUUGUUUUGCUUUAUUGAAGAGAUGGUAAAGUGUAUGAAGACGGAGGCUGGACCAAGCGGGCCACAGUGCUUGUUUUAUUUUAAAGCGGUCUAUUUUUAAGCAGUCUUCCAGCUUUACAAAUGUAAUUCGAUGGCAGUUAUUACUUUUAUUAAUAUGUAGUCUUGCUGAAUUAUUGUUCAAAGUAUGUUUUAAUAUGUACUGUAGCUAUCUAUCAAGACUGAAUGUCAAUGUGUGUAGGCCUACUGUUGUUUGGUUUGUGUCAGUGGUGAAACAAGCUGUAAAUAAAAUCACUAUUUAGAAAUUAAGUCCCAAAAUAUUUUCAAACAUUAAAGUUGCCAAGGGAAGCAAUA